AUGCACCAAGGGGACCACGAGUCGAAAUGGAACAGGGACUCUUAUAUGCCACCACAUCAGAGGAACACCACCGGAAACAAUCAGAAUUUCCAGCAUGCACACCAAGGGAAUCAAGGGUCAGGGAAUCAGUUCAACAACAAUCAAGGAGGUCAAGGUAAUUAUCGCUCAAAUCAGGGGAGCGGACCGAGCCACAAUCAGGGGACAAGUUCAAACCAGUCGAACUACAAACCGCCGAGGAACCUGGAUGAGAUGGUACAUGACCUAGUCAACUCACAACAACACAUGCAGAACAAUAUGCAGGCAAACAACGAUGUGGUACACAAAAUCCAAGAUGCUCAACAGGAGCAUAAGUUUGCCAUGGAUAUGUUAGCUAAGCAAAUGUCACAAUUGGACACUUUGCUGAAUGAAAUGAGGAGACACGAAGGAAGGAUACCAGCUUCAGUAAAACCACCUGACCGGGCAAAUAUUAGUCAGAUAACUUUGAGGUCAGGACGGGGCUAUGAGGGUCCGGAGAUGAGAAAAGAUGAAAAUACACCUCCAUCAAUGGGUAAGGAAGGCAAGACCCUCGAUCUAGAGGGGCCUGAGGAAAGCAAUGUCAGGACUGAAGACGGUCUUCAAAAAGGGGAUCUGGAGAAACCACUACCUCGAAUGGCCGAUCCAUUUUUCUUAGACCCGGAGCCUGAAGUGGAAAUUGAGGAAGGAAGGAAAGAAGUCGGUGAGCCAUCCGUCUCAGGUCUGGCAGGGACGUUGAAGCGUACGAAGCCAUUCCCUCACCGAGGGGAAGCCAAAAAGAAGAAGGACGACACCGAAGACUUCAUGGAGAUUUUCGGCAAGCUGGAGAUCAACCUGCCCUUCCUACAAGCUUUGAAAUUGCCGACAUUCAGUAAAUACAUCAAGGAGUUCAUAGCAGGAAAAACCAAACCCGACGGGAAGAUAGUAAUUGGAGAAAAUGUGUCAGCUGUGAUACAGAAAAGGAGGAUGCCAUCAAAGUGCACAGACCCAGGUAUGUUCACUUUGCCUAUUUCUUUGGGUGACAUAAAAAUUGAGCAUGUCAUGUGUGAUCUAGGGGCUUCGAUAAAUGUGUUACCACUUUCAAUUUAUAAGAAGUUGAUAGGAGUAAGUCUGGUGGAUACUAAAGUGGUAAUUCAGUUAGCCGAUAGAACGUGCAUUUCACCCGAAGGUGUGUUGGAGAACGUGAUAGUGAAAGUGCAUGAUUUCCUGUACCCAGCUGAUUUUCAUGUGAUAAAAAUGAGUGAUAAUGAAUCUGCUGAGUCUAGCGGAGUGCUGUUAGGGAGACCAUUCUUACGCACCGCUAAGACUAUAAUAGAUGUGUUUGAUGGAACAAUAUGCCUGGAUUAUCAUGGGGAAAAAUAUACAUUCAACAUCGAUGAAGCCAUGAAGAAACCCUUGGAUGUUGAGAAUUUGCAUUCUGUUGAUGUCAUUAACCCCCUGGUCCAGGAAUAUCUUGAGACUGAAUUAAUGCAGGAACAGUUUGAUAAUUCGGAGCUGAGCCAGUCUGUUGAUAAGGAGGUGGCGGGAUGGUGUGAAACCCUUUAG